CUCUAGGGAUGCACUUUAUUUGAGAUGCUCGAAAAAAUCUUUUGUUUCCUCUUUUCUAUCUUUAAUGAACGUAAGAAUGGCUCACUUUUUUUCUCACCUAUUUCUUUCCUCCUUUCUCUGUGGCUAUCACAAAACAAAAAUUUUUUUUGUCCCUGGGAAGCCUAAAAUUGAGCUUGAUCCGGUUUAUCUUCUCUAUUCCUUGGCUCUUGAUUCGGGAAAAAUCGCGAUCUAAAUCCAGCUCUAGACCGAUCAUUAAUUUUUAAUUUUAAAAAAAUUUUAAAAUUCCCUCUUAUAUUUUUUAGGCACGAAUUACAUUUUUGAUUGGAGAACGCAAAUCCCAAGAAAAUUUAAAGUUUGAUUUGGUUCGCCGAAUAAAGAUGUUGGAAUUGGCAUUGAGACAGGAAAGAGCUAAACACUUGGAAAUUAUCAAAAAGUAUGAACAACCUCAGCAAAAUGGUGAAGUUGAUCAAAUAGAUGGCGAAGAACAGAAUCACUUGGUUGUUAACACAAAAUCAACUGUACCAUUGGAUAUAGAUUCAAUUUUGCCUUCUAAAACCAAUGACAACAAUCAAUCGUCAAAUGGAGGGAUUUUGAGCAACAAAGAACUUUAUAGAGCUCGAGAGACUUUGCAGCAAUAUUUACAUGAAAUUGGCUACACAGACAAAAUUCUCAGUUUGCGAUCUUUUCGAGUUAAUCAACUGCUGGGUUUGUUGCCUAAAAUGGAUGAGGAAGAAAAAACUAAUAGUGAUGAUGAACGACGUCCAAAUGCUGCUGAAUGGGCGCUUUUGCGGAGUGAACAUGCAAUUUUGGAAGCUGCCGAUGCUAUUAAACAAUCACGUCAACAUCAAGAAAAACUUCAAGAAUCGUCCAAUUUAAAGAAAAAUGCUGAAAAUGCAGAUAACAGUGAUUCGUCUUCUGAUGACAAUGCGGAAGCAGAUUUGGAUGCAGACGCUGUAGAAGCUUUUAAUGAAUUUAGUUUUUUGAAAAAUGAAGAGGGUGGAAAUGAAAGGGUGUGGAAUCCUAAAGGAAAUUUGGAAAGCAUGGAUGUAUCCAAGCAGAGGAAAUUGGAUGAAAUGAAAAAGGAGCUCAAACAUGAUCAGGAACGUAGACGUCAGCAAAGUCUUGCAAAAGCUCGAAGUGUUUUUGACGAUUCUGACCAGAAAAACAAAUUCAAUAAUACUAUUCAACAAAAUCAACAGUCUCAAAGUCAAUCUGCCGCUGAUAUUCCUUUUGAAGAAGAAAAAUAUGAAGGAAUAAAAACUGUUUUUGAUAAGGAAGAAGAAAAUGUGCAACAAUUACAUUGGAAUGUUCACUAUACGUUGAGAUCCCAUUAUGAUUCAAUUAGAGCAAUGCAGUUUCAUCCUAUUGAGGUGUUUUUUAAUCUUUAAACAAAUUUUGGGGAAAGUAUUUGGCCUCUUUUUUUCUUUAUUUUUCAAUUUUCCGAGAGCGAAUUUAAAUCUGGAUUAGAUUUUUUUUGUAUAUUAUAUGUAUGAUCAAAAAUGUCUAUAACGCUGAUCCUUCCCUUUUUUUAUACAAGAAUCUUGAUAGCUCGUCCCUCAAUAAUCUUCCUCUGAUCUCGGUGACACGUCUCUCAUUGAGUUCAUUUCUCCCUUUGUACAUCUUAUGGUUUUCACGAUGUUGUCGUUUUGUCGAGAUUCGAGUUUGGUUAUUGUAGUUAGUUCCCUCCCUAGCUGCCUCACACUUUUUUUUCCGUGUAGUAUAAGGCCAAGCUCUUCGCGCUAACAGACGAUCACAAAAGUGAAACAAAUAGGUUGUCCAAAGGACUGAAAUAUUAAAAAUAAU